AUGUCGUCAGACGGACUGUCGUCUAAGGCCUUAAAGGUGAAAAGAGAGACUGGGGAGAACACUCCAAUGCUCUCAGAUGAUGAAUUAAUGUCAAUGUCUGUGCGGGAGCUUAACCACCACUUGCGUGGCUUAUCAAAGGAAGAAGUGGUACGGCUCAAACAGAGGAGAAGGACCCUAAAGAACAGGGGCUACGCCGCCAGUUGCCGUGUGAAGCGUGUUUCCCAAAAGGAGGAACUAGAGAAGCAGAAGAAUGACCUCCAGCAGGAAGUGGAGAAGCUGGCACAGGAGAAUUCUACUAUAAAGCUGGAGCUGGAUGCCCUAAGGGCCAAGUAUGAGGCUCUGCAGAACUUUGCACACUCAGUGUCCCUAGGGCCCAUCACUCCAGCAAAAGUUGCUGCCACCAGCGUGUGAUCACCAUUGUGAAAUCCUCUGGGAACUCUUACUCUUAA